GAAUUAGUGUAGCAGCAACAGUUUUGUUGUAAGUUUGUAGUUGAGAUGGCUGCAGAUAAAAAUUCAGAAAAUCUUGUAAUCAAAAUCAACAAAUGGGAUGGUUCUGCAGUGAAAAAUGCAUUAGAUGAUGCAGUAAAAGAAGUAAUCAUAAGAAAGUACAAUUACAUAGAGAACUUUGCUAUGUUUGAUGUAAGGUUAGCUCUAUGUGGAAUUGCUGUUGCAGUGGCAAUUGUUGGUCUUUUUUCUGACUAUUUUUACCCUUUCCCUGCAUCCAAACCCAUUUUAGUUGUUUGUGUUUCAAUAUAUUUCACCUUAAUGGGGCUCUUAGCAUUGUACACAACAUACAAGGAGAAGGGUAUAUUUGUUGUUGCAAUACAAAGAGAUCCAGCUGGUUUCAAUCCUGAUCUUAUUUGGGAAGCAAGUUCAUACAUGAAAAAACAUGAUGAUAAAUAUAAUCUUGUGCUGUCUGUUAGAAGUACAGCUACAGGACUUGUGAAUGAAACUAGUGUCACAAAAUCUAUUGCAAGUUUUAUUGAUGUCAAUGGUGUUGUCAUUGAUGACUUAGUAGAAAAUGUUGUAUCAAAUAUGCAUGAUAGUUUAACCAGUCAACGUAAAGAAAAGUAG